GACUUGGAACGUCCCGGAUUAGUUCUGUGUAACAGGCGAGGAUGUGUGGGCGGACUGUUGUGAACGCACGCUCAAAUAUUUACAAAUUUUUGCCGCGAUUCGUCACGAGGGCGACAUCCACUUCGAUCGGCACGUUUCCACGGGAGUGACGGAAGCGAUCUGACGGCGUCACCGCCCGGGAAUUCACCGGAACGCUCGUUUUCAGCGGAGUCAGCAGUCACCAAGCCCAGGACAAGGCUACAUGCGGUGUAACGUAUAGUGCUGCUAGUACCCGGCCACUUCCGCAGACGAACCAGACCUCUUCCUGCCUUCCCCUCUCGGGACAUCCCGCCACGAUUUCUUCGUCUCGCGACUUAAAACCAGCGUGGAAAAGCAGUUUGUACAAGGUUUACAAUCUGUUAUUCUUUGGUUCAGUUUGUGUUUGUACUACAGACGAGGAUUUAGGCCCAGCAGUGAUCAGAUAGACUGUCGCCUGUUCAGUGUACCGUUCAGCUUGUCUUACCUAGGCGGCACGGUGUGACGGAGGCGACCGAGAAACUUUCCCAGCGAAACUGGCGCAAAAGAGACCCAGAGUGCCCUCGAUGGCGAACAUCCAGGGGUUACCGGACCUCCCAAAGAGCCUGAGUGGGCUAUUGAACACUCACACGGCAAACUCUUGGAGAGAUCUGGAGCGACUGUAUACGAAGCAGUCCAUGAUUCAGGACGAUUUGUCCCGGUCCCAGACGCACCACAUGGCACUGUUCAACGGCAGUAACGGGUCCAACGGCGCCAACGGACAUGACCAUCCCAUCCCCGGGGCUAGGAGACGGCCCAAGCUGGGUCUAGAGGCUUCCAUAGCUCUUCUUAGGAGAGAAAUGAUUGGUCUUCGACAGAUGGAUGUUUCGCUGUUGUGUAAACUGUGGUCGCUGUACGAAGGCAUCCAGGAGGUGAAACAGUCCAUCGGAGAGCCGGCCUCGGAGGGAGGAUCCUUCAGCAUGGACUCCAGACUGUACGACCACACCAUCCACGAAGACAGCAGGGAGGAUGAGGAGGAGGAAGAUGAAGAAGAUGACGAAACUGAAGUCUUUGAAUCGGACAUUGACCAUAUCAAGGACAACAUCAAGAAUGACAUGAAAGAUGAGGAUGAUUUCUUGGGAGAUUUUAUGUCAUCGCGAAGUGUGGUUUCUCCUGGGCUAGGUAUCAGAUGGAGCGACAUAUACAGUCAGCUGAAUGGAUCCAAUCACGUGUAGUAAGUAAACAGCAAGGCUGGAGAUGUGUAAAAUAAGUUUUGUAGUUAAACUGCUGUACUUGUUCAUCGUUUAUCAGUGCCAGACAUGUACAUGUAUAAAAAUGACUUAUAAUGACGGUGACUGUGUAGAAGAAGACAACGUACCUCAGUCUUCCACUUAGAGUACCUGUAUUUUGUCAUGACUGUAAAUAUGGGGGAGCGCAGUGUUGCAACUUGAAGUUCCCUUGCGAGCCAGGCCUGGGCAGGCCCCAAGCAUUAAACUGUGUGUCUAGUUAAGGAUUUGUGUCACAAGUUCUGUUAUGAGUUAAGUCUGUAAUACAGAAGUGUCUUUAAUUUAAAGCAUAGUUCAGUAGACGGUAUGUAGUUGUCUGAUUGAUUAGAAGGUACAUGAAGUUGCCAACAUUUACAUGGUUGCACAGUUUUAUAUUUGCCAUCUUUUAAACAUACUGCCUUAGAUACAGCAUCGCCACUAUGUCUUCCAGAUACAAGAUGGAAGGAUGCCUAGUCAAAGGGGCUGAAGUGUGGAAAAAGGCUUUUUGUAGCCUUGUACAAAUGGUAGAUUUUAUAUCAUGCAAACCACUCUGAGGUGUUGUAUUAACAAGAAUGUUCCCAAUGUUGCAGGUGUACACGGUGUAUUAGAUGCUUUGUACAAUGUAUUAUUCUGUGUGCAGAAAUGUUCUAAAGAAUGGUGCAUAUUUUGUAUUUUUUGUAUCAGGUUUUAUACUGAAGACAGCAUAGUGGUAGAGGGUAGAGGUUAGAAAGAUUGUAUUUGUAGGGUAUAAACGAUCAGAAGUGUCCCACUUGUCAGCUACAUAUCUAACAAUAUUGCCACACAGUUUGUAUCCUCGGAUCUGCCAUAAUGUGAUGGAUAACAAAGCAAGUGGGUUAGCCAAUCACUGAUGGAUGCCAAGGAUGGGUGCUUCUAUCCAUGCCAAAAAACAAUGAUGUCAUACAAUGCGUGAAAACACAUUUCAUAUCUGUGAAAUGUGAUUCCAGUGACUGCUGUGAUUGUUUAGAACAUGAGUACAGGAAUAGUGGACAGCAACUUCGGACCACCAAUGUUACUUUUGAAAAUGACAGUGGUGAGACAAAAUCAUUUUGACAUACAUAGCAAACUGACAUGAAAGAAUAAAAAUUGCCAUAUGAUAUUGUAUUAUGAAUACAUGUUGUAAUUUUCAUGCUUUGUGCUAUGUGCCAAAAGUUCAAAGUGCUGUGUCACUAUCAAAAAUGAAAACUUGAAAACUGACAUUAUUAGAAAGGAGUGCUAAAUGCAACUUACUUUUCCUCACUCACAGUAUGGUGCUCUAGGGUUGCACUAAGCAGGGCUCUGGUGAUGUUAAUGCAACCUUUUAUAGAAUGUUUUGGACAUUGUUUUAGUCCAUAUUGCUGGAUGUUAUUCACUUGUUUAACCGAAUGCUGCAUUUAUUAUACAUGUAUGUGAAAAUGUCUUGUUAUUAAUGCAGAUGGUAUAAAAGUUUCAUGUGGUAUUCUGCAGUUAAGUCCGUACAAUCAUCAAAAAGGUGCAAUUUAGCAUUAACAUUUAACCUUGUAUUAAGAUAUAUAAACCUACUAUCACUGCAUGUACUAAUGGGUUUUAACUUAACAUCUUUGUCAGUCUUUGUAAGAAAUGGUCACACUAUAAAAAUACCUGUCUAGUAGUUACAUUUUUAUUUACUGUGACAUGUUUGUCAGCUCAUAUUUAUUUGGACGUGCUUUCUGUACGGUUUUUCAGAAUAAAUUCAUGUACUUCCAAA